AUGGUGGAUGAACAACAUAAAACUAUCUUCCCAACUGCAAAAGUCAGGAUAUCAAAUACAAAUAUGCUUGUUGAUGACUCAUCUUCUGUCAAGCGUAAGAGGACUCGCAAAAAAACAAACAUUACUUGGAAACAUUGUCAACGUUUUGACCACCCAACCAUAAAGGGGAAUAGUAUUCUUCAUUGUAACUAUUUUCAACAGAAAUACCAUGGUGGUGGGAUUCACCGGAUGAAACAACAUUUAGGUCAUCAAGAAAAGGGGGAUGCAACACCUUGCCCAAAAGUUCCACCAAGUGUUCGAAAUGAAAUUCAAAAUAAUCUUAAAAAGGUUUCAGCAAGGAAGAAAGUCAUGCAAGGCAAUGCGGACGCCUCAAAGGAGAUCCAAGACAAACACCACUCAUCUACCUCUACUGGAAGUUUUGCCAAGGUUGGUGCUAUACAAAUACAAGGACAAGGAAGAGAAGAUACAAGUCUUGUAGUUAAGGAAGGAAACAUGAAGGCUGGCCAAACUGGCAUUAAUGUUGGACUUUCUAGACUACUUGUAGACAGCCAACAGAAACUUGUUGAAAAAGUUACUCCUCUAGAGAAUAUGAAUUGCAAUUCUAUUGCUGCUAACCAUGAAAUGAGCCAUGUGAAUGAUGAGACUAUGGUUGAUAAUAUGGAAGAAGCAAUUGAUGCUACUACUGUCCAAAGGGCUCCAAAAGAAGAAAUUUUUAAAAUUACUAUUGAUGGAAAAGAACAUAAAUUUCAAAGAGAUUCAGCAGAAGAGUUUAUAACCAGCCAGGACAAGGCCACCACAACUACUAUUGCAAUGGUUGAGGUUGAUGAGGCAUCUCCCUUUAAAUUAGUCUUGCCUACAGUUGUUAAGCAAAGGAUUGAAGUACCGAAGAGUUGA